AUGGCUGCUACUUCCAUCAGCUCUGCAUCAACCGUUUAUAUCAAUGAAACAACCGGAUCUGAUACCACCGGAAAUGGAUCCGAAUCAUCUCCAUUUCAAACUAUCCUUGGUGCUUAUAUCGCUCAAAACAAUACCGAACUAACUUGUUUAGUCUUUAAGACCGAAGAAGCUCCAGAUUCAAAAGGAUCCUUUCAACCAGCCACUUCAACAGCUAUCAAAAGAGCUAAAAAAGGAUACGAAUUACAUCAAAAGAAACAAAGUAAAGCUAAUAAAGCUGAAGAAGCACUCAAGGAUCGUGAAUCGUCUAGCAAAGCAGAUGAUGCAGUCAAACUUGAAGAAGCUAAAAAGAUUGUUCUAGAAGAAACAGAUGGGCUGGCUAAGCGUAUUAAGAUUCAUCAAGCUGUUGAUAACAGAGAGGUUAAAGUUCGAGUCUUUGGUUGGAUUCAUAGACUUAGACAACAAAAAGGUUUGAUCUUCUUAGUGCUACGUGAUGGGACUGGAUUCCUUCAAUGUGUUCUUACUGGAAAACUAGCUCAAACCUAUGAUGCACUUACUUUAACGAUCGAAUCCACUGUUCAAUUAACCGGUAAGAUCGUAGCCCUUCCAGAAGGAAAAAGUGCACCAGAUGGACAUGAAUUACAAGUAGAUUGGUGGUCUAUCAUGGGAAAAGCUCCAGGGGAUUCGGAAUCGUUUACUAAUCAGAUUUCAGAAGAUUCUGGACCGGACACAUUGGCUGAUAGACGUCAUCUAGUUCUUCGGGGUGAAACGGCUUCGAGUGUGUUGAAAGUUAGAUCAGCUCUUUUAGAUGCUUUUCGUCAAUCUUAUGCGAAACUGUCACUUAUUGAAGUCACUCCUCCUUGUAUGGUACAAACUCAAGUUGAAGGUGGAUCGACCUUGUUUGCCUUUGAUUAUUAUGGCGAGAAAGCUUAUUUGACUCAAAGCUCUCAAUUAUAUCUCGAAACUUGUUUACCUAGUUUGGGAGAUUGUUUUUGUAUUCAAGAAAGCUUUCGUGCUGAGAAAAGUCGGACCCGAAGACAUCUUAGUGAAUAUACCCAUCUUGAGGCCGAACUUGGUUUUUUGACUUUCGAAGACCUUUUGAGCCAUAUUGAAGAAUUAAUUUGUUCUACUUUAGAUAUCCUCUUAGCUAACCCCAAAGUCAAAGCUUUAGUCGAAACUCUUAACCCCGAUUUCAAAUAUCCAAGUAGACCAUUCAAAAGAAUGGAUUACCAAGAAGCUAUAGCUUGGUUAAACGAACGAGGGAUCAACAAAGCAGAAGAAGAUGGAGGUGGUCCAUUUACCAUUGCAGAUGAUAUUCCAGAAGCACCUGAACGGUUGAUGACCGACACGUUUAAUGUUCCGAUCUUUUUGAUUAACUUUCCUAAAGAAAUUAAAGCCUUUUAUAUGAAACGAAUCUCGGGUAAUCCAAACUUUACUGAAAGUGUUGAUGUGCUUAUGCCUGGGGUGGGUGAAAUUGUGGGUGGGUCUAUGAGGAUGACAGGCUAUGAUGAACUUUUGGAGGCUUACCGUGGUGCGGGAAUUCCGGCUGAACCUUAUUACUGGUACACUGAUCAACGUAAGUAUGGGACCUGUGAACAUGGAGGAUAUGGACUUGGAGUAGAGCGAUUCUUGGCUUGGCUUGUGAAGAGACCUCAUGUUCGAGAAUGCUCCCUGUAUCCUCGAUACACUUCUCGUUGCACACCUUAA